GCUGAUGAACUAUGUUUUCAACUGCUCACAAUCCCAACAAAGAUCAUGAAGUGAGUCAGCCACCUAAUGACAGCAUAUCCUCUUUAUCAUUCUCACCAGCAGCUGACUUUCUUGUUGCAGGAAGCUGGGACAAUUGUGUGAGAUGUUGGGAGGUUAAACAAUCAGGAACAACUCUUCAAUCUGAGCCUAAAGCAGAACAGCAGCAAGCAGGACCUGUUAUGUGCUGUUGUUGGUCAGCAGAUGGAACUAAGGUGUUUUCUGGCAGCUGUGACAAGAGUGUAAAAAUGUGGGACUUAAACUCCAAUAGCUUUACUCAAGUUGCAGCGCAUGACGCUCCUGUAAAGACAGUCAAUUGGGUACAAGCUCCAAAUUAUCAGUGCCUGAUGACCGGUAGUUGGGAUAAAACUCUUAAAUUCUGGGAUACCCGUCAGGCUCAACCCAUGAUGACUAUUAAUUGUGAGGAGCGAGUGUAUGCUAGUGACGUUGUUUAUCCGGUAGCAGUUUCUAUUUUAGCUGGAAGAAAAGUCAAAAUAUUGAACUUAGAAAAUCAGCCCACUGUGCAUAAUACAAUGGAGCCUCCACUCAGGUAUCAACUCAGAGACAUUUCUAUUUUCAAGAAAGAGGGAAAACCUGCUGGAUUUGGUGUUUGCAGCAUUGAAGGCAGGGCAGCAAUUGAGCCAUUUGAUAACACUGCUGCAAACAGUAAGGAUAAAUUUACGUUUAAAUGCCACAGAUCAAUCGUAAGUGACCAUCAUAAACCUCAGGACAUAUAUGCUGUCAAUGGAAUUAAGUUCCAUCCAAUCCAUGGCACUCUCGCGACUAUUGGUAGUGAUGGGAAGUUCAGUUUCUGGGACAAAGAUGCCAGAACCAAGCUUAAGACUGGAGAGCAAUUAGAUAACACCAUUACAUGUUGUGAUUUUAACCACACUGGUACCUUCUUUGCAUAUGCUUCAUCAUAUGACUGGUCUAAAGGUCAUGAAUUUUACAACCCUCAACAGAAGAACUACAUCUUUGUGCGUCAAGUUAAAGAUGAAUUAAAACCUAGAAAGAAAUAGUCCCUCUGAGCUUAAUCUGUUAAUUUAGAGUGUAAUUCUGAUCAUGUGACAUGCACAUAAUUGAAGGACAACUUUGCCUUAACGUACAUGUGACAGUGUUUUUAUUUACAAUGAUUUUAGCCAUAAAAUAGUGUGAGAAGGUAUACUAUUAAUUGUUUAAGAGUUUUAAUAUUUUAUAGAUUGUUUAAAGUAUGGAAAAAGAGUAGAAAUCAAUAGGUACAAGGUUUAAUGGGUUUAAUCUCGACAAUUCGAAGAAGAAUAUCGCUGCUAAAUAACAUAAUAUUAUGAUUUAAUUUAUAUUCAAUUGUUCAAUGUUUUCACAA